UAACCCUUCAAAAAUAGUUACAGGUGCAGAUACUGUCGCGUCUUUGAUUUCGCCAAUCGCAAAGUUGAUGUUUGACUGCUGGACCGAGGCAGUGUGAGUUUGUGUCGGUCGUGAGUUUCCAGUGAGAGACACACACACUCACACACCGCCGCCUGCGAGACACCGGACGGAUCCCUCCCGUGAUCUUUACUCUGUCAUUGAGCACUGUGUGUGGCGGAGGACAGACUGCUGUGAUGGCGGCGCUGACCGGGGGAGAGAUGUGCGUCAAAUACCUGAUGUUCGUCUUCAAUUUCAUCUUCUGGAUCGCAGGCACAGCCGUCUUGGCUGUUGGACUUUGGCUGAGGUUUGAUCCAAAAACCAAGAGUUUGUUUGAAGGGGAAAACUCUCCUUAUGUCUUCUACACAGGAGUGUAUAUCCUCAUUGCUGCUGGUGCGCUCAUGAUGGUGGUGGGAUUUUUCGGAUGUUGCGGAGCUAUCCAGGAGUCCCCUUGCAUGCUGGGAUUGUUCUUCUUCUUCCUCUUGGUCAUUUUCGCAGUCGAAGUGGCUGCUGGAAUUUGGGGAUUUUCCAACCAGACCAAGGUUACUGAAGAUAUAACCACUUUCUACCGACAAACCUACGACAGCUACCAACAAAGCAAACAAGACGCUCUGAAAGAAACACUUCGGCUCUUCCAGCAUGGGCUGAAUUGCUGCGGGCCGUCAGGAAACAUCCAGGAAAGUCUUGACGAGACCUGCCCCAAAAAAGAGGGACUCGAUGGCCUCAUAAUUAAGAGCUGCCCUGAUGCCAUCGAUGAAGUUUUUAAUUCCAAACUUCACAUUAUUGGAGGAGUGGGAAUCGCCACUGGAGUGAUCAUGAUCUUCGGCAUGAUCUUCAGCAUGAUGUUGUGUUGUGCCAUCAGGAAGACCCGGGAGAUCGUCUGAAGCAUCUCUCACUCUCAGUAUAUUUGUGUUGCAUGACGUCUGUGUCCCAAAAGCACUGUCUGAACACAUCAGCUAAGAGUGGCAGCUGCACACUUCUGGCUCUCCAUUGACUGGAAUUCACUCUUUCUCUUUAGUGCAGCUCUGCUUCUCUGGUCCACCCGUAAUGGCAACACCGGCUGAGUUUAGCGACCCAAGCCCAUUUCAAAAAGGCCUUCAAGUCUGACUUUUUAUAUAUUUUUUUAUCGUUCAUAGUCGAUUUUAAAGAGGAACCAUUGUUUGCUUUGUUGUACUUGCUUGAUAUGAAUUGUUUUGAAAUUUUAUAAUGUUUGAUUUUUGUGUGUGUUAAUACAGUCGGAUGAUUUACCCACAUCGGUGCACAUGGCUCAAAUAAAAGCCAACUUAAUCAUU